CUACAUGAGACCAACAACUCUGCAGGCACCCAGGUCAUUGCAGAAGGAGCGGGAGGAGGUGCUCCAGGUGCCAGAGCAGAGAUUCCCCUGCAGCCCAUGAUGAAGACCACGGUGAGGCAGGCUGUCCCCCUCAGACCAUGGAGGUCCAUGAUGGAACCAACCCCCACCUGCAGCCCAUAGAGAACCCCACACCAAACCAGGUGGAUGCCUGAAGGAGGCUGUAAGUGAUGGGAAGCCCAUGCUGGAGCAGCUCCUGGCAGAGCUUGUGACCUCACGGGUGACCGAUGCUAGAGCGGUCUGUUCCUGAGGGGCUGCACCCUGUGGAAGAGACCGACGCUGGAGCAGUGUAUGAAGAACUGCAGCCCACGGGAAGGCCUCACACUGGGGAAGUUCAUGGAGAAUUGUCUUCUGCAAGAAGGACCUCACGCUGGAGCAGGGGAAAAGUGUGAGGAGGAAGGAGCAGCAGAGAGACAAUGUGUGAUGAACUGACUGUAACUCCCAUUCCCUGUUCCUCCUCCUCAGGGGAGGAGGCAGAGAAAUCAGGAAUAAAGUUCAGAUUCUGCUCAGACCUCCUUCAAACUGCAGGUAUAAAUCUAUUUAAGGAGAUCCUGCCUAGAGUAAGAAAGAUCCUUUCAACUGAUACAGCUUCUGAUGACCACGCAUUGCUUAACCUCAUGCUGAAAAAUGUGAUAUCCAAGGAGUACCAUCAAGCCUUGCUCCAUGAAAAAGACAGAGAGGACCUUGCAAGGAAGAUAUCUCUGACAUUUGUAGAAAAAUGGGACCUGUACUUGAGCACUUCAGUUCCCCUCUGUUGUUUAAACCUCUGCAGCAGUAAGCCUCUAAACAUGAUAGAUAAUGAGCCAGCAGGAAGCAAGUACAUCUCAGACAGCAAGAGACAAAUCAUGGAUUCAGCAUUUCUGCCUGAAAACAGCUAUCUUGAUUUACUGCACAGUGAUAUCGACCCAUUGCAUCUGUAUACUCUCUUUGAUCCUAAGUCAUCUGGAAAUGAAGAAGGUGACUUCUCUGCAGAUCCUGAAGCUGAUGCCAGCAACUGUGAUCAGUUCAAUAAUAUGGAUUUCCUUUAUACGAUGGAAAAUGGUGAAAAUGGGGAUGAACUGUAUAUCUGUUCCAACACCAUAGAAGCUUAUGCUAGAAUAGCUGAAUUAGCAGAAUAUGUGCUCAAAGAUCAGCAGGAGAAGCAGGUGGAAGACACUUUUGCAGGGAACCUUAUUUUGGAUGAAAUGGCUGCUGAAAACACUGAGAGGUUUCCUGACACAAAGAUGCAGAAAUGUCACAAACGUUCAUUCUUAAGCUCUUCAGAGAGUUGCUCUGAUGCUUCACAACCCAAAUACAAGAAAAUGGUGGAAGUCCCUGCAGUGUCUGCAGGGAAUGGCAGUUUCUUACCUAUGCCUCUCAACAGCCAUCCAGCUAGCUCCACCUCACUCACUAACCAGCACACAUCCUUUUCUGUUCCUGCUACCAAUGUGUUGGAAAGAAGUUCUGACAUUCCUGGAUCUUCAGCACCUUUGAUUCCGGAUUGUCUACCCGUCGGCGUGAAGGGGAGCCAAGAGAAUAGAGGCUUUGCAGAUCCUCCUCAGCAGAUACUUAACUUUCUUCUUGGAAAUGGCACAUCAGAUGUUAUAUUAUAUCCAGUGCUGACUUCUUACACAGAAACGUUGAUACCCCCAAGUUUUCCAGUCAGUUUAUGUGGUUUACAAAUGUUCAAAGAAGUCCAGAUUCCCAUAAUUCCUUCUGAAGAACCUUUCAAAAGACCAAAGCCAGUGGAAGCUUUCUGUACAUCACUUAUGGAUUAUUUCCGAGAUGUGUGCAAAUCUGUGGCCAUGGAGCGUGAAGUAACUCUUGAUCACCUGUUUAUUGAUGGGACACUUGUUCAAAGCCAAACUGAAACCAAGACUGGGAAGAAUAGUGAAAAAGCCAUGGAAAAGGAGCUGGUAACUUGCAGUCUGCAAGGGAAGGAGAAGGCAGUCCUUAAAAGAAGCCAAAUAUUUCAAAUCCCCAGAGGUAAAGACUUAGAGACUAAAGUGAUUGUGGUGCUGGGAAAAGCAGGAAUGGGCAAAAGCAUUCUUGUUCAGAAGAUCUGCCAGGACUGGUCCAAUGGAGAGUUUUCUCAGUUUGAAUUUGUAUUUUGGUUUGACUGCAAACAAAUAAGCUUUCCUGAGAAACGAUAUAGCCUGAAGGAUCUGCUUCUUGAAUUUUUUGUAAAACCUCAGGAGGGAAAUGAAGAGAUCUUUGAGUAUAUAUUGCAAAAUCCUGCUAAAGUCCUUCUGGUUUUUGAUGGUUUUGAAGGCUUGCAUGAUCAUGAAAAUUCUCCUCGUUGCUUGGCCAGUCAGCCUGAAAAAUACUUGUGCACUAUAAAGGAGCUGCUUUCAGGACUCAUACAAAAGAAGACACUCAAUGGUUGCACUUUACUACUUACAGCAAGACCAAAAGACAAGGUGUACCAGUAUGUGUCAAAAGUGGAUAAGGCUAUUGAAAUAGUAGGAUUUUCCCCUCAGCAGAGAGAGUUGUACAUAUCCAAAUACUUUGAAGGAUUACCCUACUGUGAUAAUGCACUGAAAUUAAUCAAAGAGUGUGAGUACCUGUUCAGUUAUUGUUACAGCCCUGUUAUGUGUAGAUUUGUUUGUUUUAUCUGUGAGACAGUACUUGAAAUGGGAAACGAAAGCCUUCCUUCAACUCUUACUGCAGUCUUCCUGAAAUUUGUUCAGCAAAAGAUAAUACCUAUGCAAACAGAUGUUACAGCCAUACAGAAUCAAGAGAGUCUUGCUACACUAGCCCGUAUAGCCUGGUAUCUCGGAGAAAAGCGCCAAAGUGCCAUGAAAAGUGAUCAUCCUUCUAAGGAAGUGAAAGAGUUUGCUCUGAAGUAUGGAUUUUUCCUGCCUUUUGCAUUCCCCAGACAUUCAGAUAGUGGAGAACAGGAAUUUGGGAGCACAUUCUCUGACUUUGUCAUUCAGAAUUUCUUGGGUGCACUUCACCUUAUGUUAGCAGAAGACAUCAAGGAUAAAAGUCUAACAAAGUACCUGUCUCUUGCAUCCAAGAAGAAAAAACCUUAUAACUGGUUAGAUUUAGUGCCUCGAUUUUUGGCUGGAUUGUUGUUCCUCCAGGAUGACUCCUACUUCUGCUCCCGUUCAAAUAAGGAUGUAAAACUAUCAACCAAGAAGCAAAAACCACUGUUGAAAUAUAUUAGAAGGCUGCAGAUAAAUGAGCUCUGCCCAGAGAGGUUACUCGAACUUUUGCAUUGUAUUUAUGAAACACAAAGCAAUUAUCUUUUGCAGCAUGUGGCCUUAAGGCUCAAGCCAGACCUGUCUUUUCUGGGUGUAGUUCUUGCACCACCCGAUGUCCAUGUACUGCACUCUAUUUUAAAAAGGUCAAGAAAAGAGUUUUUCUUGGAUUUGCAAAACAGCAGCAUUGACAUGCAAGGGCUAAAAGACUUGGUUGGCCUAAAGAAUGUGGCAUCUUUCAGGGCCUCCCUCAGUGAUACAGUCAGGCUCUGGAAAUCUUUAGAACAGGCAAAAGACUACGAACUGCUGAGAGCAUCAACAGAGAAAUUCAUUCUUGAUCCCUUUAAGGCAAAGACGAUGAAGGACAUCAGUGAUCUUUCAGACCUUGUAAAGAUGCAGGAGAAGAUGAUCAAUUGUGUGCAAGAUGCAUCUGGUUGCAGCAGCUGUGGAAUUCCUGCCAUCAAAAACCUCAAAAAAAUAGAAUUUGCGCUGGGUCCGGUAUGUGGCCUUCAGGGAUUCCUAAAACUUGUGAAAAUUCUUGCAGCAUUUCCAUUGCUUCAGCAUUUAGAUCUUGAUGCUCUGAGUGAAAAUGGCAUAGGAGAUGAAGGAGCAAAGAGCCUAUCUGAAGUCUUUCCAACCCUGACAUCACUGGAAACAUUAAACUUAUCACAGAAUAAGAUAACAGAUGUGGGUGCAGAGAAACUAGCUACCGCUUUGCCUUCUUUGUCUUCAUUAAAGACACUAAGCUUAUACAAUAACAGCAUUUGUGAUUUUGGAGCAGAAAAUCUUGCAAAAGUUCUUCCUGCGAUGGCAUCUUUAAGAGUGCUAGAUGUUCAGUAUAACAAAAUAACUGGUGUUGGAGCCCAGCAGCUGACUGACAGCCUACGAAAAUGUCCCCAUAUAAAAAACUUGGUGAUGUGGAAUCCCACCAUUCCCUAUGGAGUUCUCGAACACCUUCAGCAGCUGGACUCUAGGAUCAGCGUGUAGGUUCAGAAGAUCCCAUAAAGGUAACAUAAAGAACAGGAAGGUGUCCUCUGUGUUUUCCUACCUUCUUGCUGCUUUAUGAAUUGGUGGCUGAUUUCAUGACAGUGGCAAAAUGGAAAAGUCGCAUUUAAGUCUGAGUGACACUUGAAGUGGGUGAAUGGAGUUCAAAAAUUUUAAAGGUCAUUUAAAAUGCUAUUCAAACAUCCAGUUGUAUUUCUACAGAAGUGCUGAAGAGUUAAGCAACAUCAAGUUUCAAAGAUGAAAAGAGCAUCUGGAUUUUGUGAUCACCAUUAAAGGUGACUAGGAAUCACCAGGAUAUUGAUAGUAUAAAAUUCCAUUAUUGAUUUAUCAAAGAGUAGACUGCAAGCUGCUGGACCUGCAACAUCUGAAGUAGUGACAUAUUAAAUCUAAUUGUUUCUUGGUGCCAGUGGUAACUGCGAUCAGAUUCCGUUUGAUGAUUUUUCAACUUGCAAACCUUAUGUUACAGAUUUCAUCUGAUUGUCUGGACUGAUUUGAAGCAUUAGGGUCAGCAGCAUAAAUAAUAAUCGGUCUUAGAAAACUGUCUGGUAUUGUGUUCACAAGAAUCUAGAAGUGGCUCUUUUCUUGAUGGUAAUCACCAAUGCUAUAUUAAGUGAUAGAAAGGUAUUUUCUAUCACUUUCUUGUUAUAGAAUCUUUCAAAAAGAUUGGGGAAAAAGGUGUAAAGAGAAGAAAGGAAUUAAAACUGGACAACUAGUAAGGAUUUUUCUGACAUUAUCACAGAAAUCCAAAUGCAUACAAAUAGCUUCAGUUUAUUGCACAGAAAUCCUCAAAGUGACAAUCUUCAAAGUUUUUUACUCUGUCUCAAAUGAGAAUUUUAAAUUCAUAUACCUGGAUUGGGAUUUAGUUUCUCACUUGCAGGUGGCAGUGUAGAUGUACAAGCAUCAAUUUUAUACUUGCAGUGAAAUCACUACCGUGUGUUGUUUAUGUAGCCUUCUUCUCUUACGGUUAUGAGUAACUAGGCAAUGACAGACAAUAAUAUAUUUCAAAGCAUUAUCAUGUGUCUAUGGUGCUGGUCUCAGUCACAUGUGGGCCAAAUACUGGUCCUGCUCACUGUGAAAGCAAACCAACCAUCUCCUGUUUUCUCUUAUUUCAGCUCUGUGAAUAUUCAAAGAACUUAUAAACAUACAGAGACAAUUGCUAGAACUCGCAUUCUGGCUCCCCAUCCAGAUACAGCCUGGGGACAGAGAAACAAAAAGGGACAGAAAAAACCAAGGAAUACUCGAUAUGCCACAAAUUGGGAAGGAAGGUCACUACUUCACAGUUAGCUCAGGGUUAGCUCAACAACCUCUUUGAAUUCUCUUCUGCUAGGAAGCACUGAUGAUACUGACCCAAGGAUCUAUGCAAACUAGAGUCUCUCUACUUGCCUCUCAAAUGAUCUGUUCCUUGGUUUUAAAGAAGUCCCCGAUCUUUAUGUUUUUUCCAGCAAAUUAUACUCUGUGCCUGCAGAAUCUUGACAGCAGGGAUGGAAGAGGGCGGGCAAACUACAGAAGGAAGGAAGGAAGGUCUGGUUUGUUGUUUCUGUUGAUCAGAGGAGAGCAGGGAACCAGACAUGGUAGUACAUGAAGGCAAUAGUGCAAGAGACCAAGGUGGAAAGACUAUGGACAGUAUGAUUCAGCCUGGAACGUGGUAUUUUUCUUAACUAUCUGCAUGGUUCUUCUCUGUAGCCAGAGUCGUGGGAAAUGCCUCAUUUACACUCCGCUCUUUCAGCUGCUUGAAUGGGAGGUAGUUUGAGCCAAAUCUUGUGUGAUGUUCCCCUCAGCCUGCAGCCCUCCAGCUGCGCGGGUCUGUGGUGAGCCCUUGUCUUGGCUUCCCUUAACUAAGAGGUGGAUGACAAAUGCCCCUUUAGGUAUAUAUUCUGCAGCUACACUUCACUGAACCUGAAUCUGCUAAAUAUUACACAGGCAGCUGAGUAUUACUGGACACUGGAUGGACUCAUAAAAUCAUGUUGGGUAUACUGCUGUUCUCUUUCUGUGGGUUAGUGGGAGAUGUAUGUUUAUAACGUACAGAUUGUAAAUUGUGAUACUGUUGAAGGCUAACUCAGAAAUUUAGAAUGGUCUGACUGUUUGGUGCAAGAUAUAUUUUGUAUAUGCUAAGUUGACAAGUUCAGGCUGUAAUCAAAAGAGUACACAGCAUUCUUAGAGCAAGGAUAUUCUGGGACAAUCAGGCCUUGAAGAAACUGUUAAGGAUACUUUGAGGAUGUUUUGUGUGCAUUGCCAACUUACCAAGAAGACUCAAGGUCCAUGUAUCCUUACCUGAACUACCCUCAUUAUAAUACCAAAAAUCACACCCCUAGGUCAAAAAGACUCUUGCCCAGAUGAAGACCCCUCCCCUCAGCAUGCAUGACAGUAGAAAUGGUUGUGUGACCACAUUAGAAUUAUAUUGAAAUCUCUAACCAGUCAGUGUAAAGAGGAUCGAUUUGGAAACUUACUAACUCUGCAGGUUUUGUGUAUAAAUCUGUAAUGGAAUGUCCCGUUUGGUGGGCUUGCUUUGUGGAAUACUACCUAGCCUCCAGCUUUGCACAGACCUGAAAUAAAUAAGCAAUGUCUUCCCGA